AUGGAUACGUCGGCGCCUCGUAUGCAGGAGGCCGGAAUGAUGACGUCAGAAUCAACCAGCGAGGAUUUAAUGAGGUUCUCUCAAGGCUCAGGACCAGGACCCAUAUUGCUGUACCCAAGACGUGGCGGCGUUGAUGUGAAUCGACGUCCUGUCAGAGUUGCCAUGUCACAGACGUCCUGUCAGAGUUGCCAUGUCACAGACGUUAUGUCAGAGUUGCCAUGUCACAGACGUUAUGUCAAAGUUGCCAUGUCACAGACGUCCUGUCAGAGUUGCCAUGUCACAGACGUCCUGUCAGAGUUGCCAUGUCACAGACGUCAUGUCAGAGUUACCAUGUCACAGACGUCAUGUCAGAAUUGCCAUGUCGUAGACGUCAUGUCAGAGUUGUCAUGUCACAGACGUCAUGCCAGAGUUGCCAUGUCACAGACGUCAUGUCAGAGUUGCCAUGUCACAGACGUCAUGUCACAGAGUUGUCAUGUCAGAAUUGUCAUCUCAGAGUCGGCAUGUCCCCCUCACGUCAGCGGUCAUGCAGCUGUUUCUCGAACUUUCCUCGUGUUCCUCGCGCCGUGA